UUUUCCACAAGAGGUUGCUCACCCCAUUCGCUUUAGUCUUGAUUUUCAAUUACGAAGUGAGAGCUUGAAGGUGGUGAAAGAUAAGACAUAUUUGUAAGUUUUAACAAGCUGCUGACGUUUACAUAAGUUGCUGAGACAAUAAGGGAUUCCGUGGGAACCAUGACUUCGUGUGAAGAGGAGAAUUUUGAGGAGCUCAAAGUGUACUUCUCGAAGACCGAGUGGACCAAUCUGCAAAAAUGUGAGAAAUUGCGCUACAAGAACAUCAAGAGGAACCACGAAGCUAUGUUAGCAUUAGGGCUCUAUUCCCCUACUCCGGCUUUCAUGAAGUCGGGUCGACCGCGGACGGACAGGCCAGUAGACUUUGCUGAACAAAGCGAUUCUGAAGAUGAGGAGUGGAGGCCUGGCCUGCUGAGGAAGCCUGCGUCCAGGAGCUUCAGUUCCCAAAUCAGGAGACCCAGUCAGCAUGGCGCCCCCUCUGGGGCUUCACAGAGCAGUGCGGUGGCACAGGACAGGAGCGGGGCGGCCUUGCUGCCUGAAACCCAGACAGAGUCUCCAGCAUCCGGACUGUGCCACACACAGGGGGUGAAGAAUGUUACCUGCCCCAGCAAUGAUGGCGACAAUGGUUUCCAUGGCUCCCCUGUUGAGAAGCAGAGGGGGGCGUCCAAACGGAGCUCCAGGAGCUCCAAACAAGCAAAUACUGGACUACUGAAGAAAGAGAGUCUGAAAUUGCCGACUGAGCAGCAAAGGCUUUAUGUCCGCGGUGACAAGCUGCGCAGCACGCGGAGCGUGCGCUACACCGAGGAAGAGGAGCCCAGAGACGAAGAUUAUCUCUACUGUGACGAGUGCCAGUCCUUCUUCACUGAUGAAUGUCAGGUGCACGGCCCCCCCGCGUUCAUUUUGGACGCCCCUGCACCCAUGGGCAGCCCUGACAGGGCCCGGCUUACCCUGCCCCCCGGUUUGGAGGUCCGAGUCUCCAGCAUCCCUGGAGCAGGCCUGGGGGUGUUUAACCAGGAGCGGACGGUGGCCAGAGGGGUGCACUAUGGACCGUACGAGGGAGACCUGACCGAUAAAGAUGUAGCCGUUGACAGCGGUUACUCCUGGAUGAUCUACAGGAGCAAGCGCUGUGUUGAGUACAUUGACGCCAGGAGAGAAACUCACUCCAACUGGAUGAGGUAUGUGAACUGCGCUCGGAAUGAAGAGGAGCAGAAUCUCGUGGCGUUCCAGUACCGAGGCUCUAUUCUGUACCGCUGCUUCAAGCCCAUUCUGCCAGGCCAGGAGCUGCUGGUGUGGUAUGGGGAGGACUACGCCAAGGACCUGGACAUCACCUUCAGCUACCUAUGGAGCAACAAGUGCUCUUCUAAAGGGGGUGAGGUUGUGCCGUCUCAGUUCUUCCCCUGUACUCAGUGCUCGCUCUCCUACACAGCAGAGCACUACCUGCACAAACACAUCAAGAGAUCUCACCCUGAGGAGUACGUGAGACUGCUCAGAGCUGGAUCAGUCACAUCAGAGAGUCUCCAGCCUUCCGGCAGCUUCCAUAGGCUCUGUGCACCCUGUCAUACUGUCCCAGGUACAGCUCAGCUCCUCACUCCAAAACAGUUAGAUACUGGCAGCAUGAACGCACACACAUGCUCCCAGUGUGGGAAGAGUUUCAGUGCAGGGAGCGAUCUUAAACAACACCAGCGCACUCACACAGGGGAGAGACCGUACCACUGUGCCCAGUGUGGGAAGAGUUUCAGUCAGAAGGGAAACCUUAAACUACACAAGCGCACUCACACAGGGGAGAGGCCGUACCACUGUGCCCAGUGUGGGAAGAGUUUCAGUCGGGAGGGAAACCUUAAACUACACCAGCGCACUCACACAGGGGAGAGGCCGUACCACUGUGCCCAGUGUGGGAAGAGUUUCAGUCUGGAGGGAGACCUUAAACGACACCAGCGCACUCACACAGGGGAGAGGCCGUACCACUGUGCCCAGUGUGGGAAGGGUUUCAGUCGGGAGGGAAACCUUAAACGACACCAGCGCACUCACACAGGGGAGAGGCCGUACCACUGUGCCCAGUGUGGGAAGAGUUUCACUCGGAGAGACCUUAAACGACACCAGCGCACUCACACAGGGGAGAGGCCGUACCACUGUGCCCAGUGUGGGAAGAGUUUCAAUCUGGAGGGAGACCUUAAACGACACCAGCGCACUCACACAGGGGAGAGGCCGUACCACUGUGCCCAGUGUGGGAAGAGUUUCAGUCUGGAGGGAGACCUUAAACGACACCAGCGCACUCACACAGGGGAGAGGCCGUACCACUGUGACCAGCGUGGGAAGAGUUUCAGUCUGGAGGGAGACCUUAAACGACACCAGCGCACUCACACAGGGGAGAGGCCGUACCACUGUGCCCAGUGUGGGAAGAGUUUCAGUUACUCCUGUGACCUAAAGAAACACCAGCAAACUCACAGAACUGCUGAAUCAAGCGCACCUGUCCUUGAGCAUGGGGUCAGGCGCAUGUGAUAAAUGUUGAAACGUUUUAGUUUCUUGAAUGUAGUGUCCGAAGCUAUUUUUAAAUGACUGAUGGUACGUGUUUUUAAGCAAGUUCUCACUUUGUGAUGGAACAUUUUUAAGGCAUACAAAUAUACUUUCUCAACCAGCUGUAGUAUGUUGGUUUUAAAAAUUUGUAUUUUAUCAUUGUAUAUACUAGUAUUACAUCUUUGCCUGCUUAAUAAUUUGGGGUUAUAUUAAAACCGGGAAAAGGUGAACCAUAUUUCCCCAGUCUGCAGGUAAGCCUGGUCAUUGCUUCAUAUUGUAACAUUAUCUAUUACGUCAUGAAAUACUGGAAUACUUGAACUGUUUUUAACUGUUAAGUACACAUAACAUUUAAGUUUGAAAAUAAAUAACCGUUACUGUUCUUCGGUAAUGGUUAUUAUAAAGCUCAAUAAAUGAAGACCUUAGUGGAUCUUUGAUGCAUGGGUUUUAUAUCUCCCCCCCCCCGCUCCUUUAUCUGCCCAACCCUCUGAAGCAUAUGCUCAUCUACUACCUCAAAUGUGGAGACCAGGUUGCAGUUUUCAUUUGUGCUGUAAUGUAACUGAGCUUUCAGUGU